AUACAGAAUUGGAAAAAAAAAUUCCGGUUCAGUUUGCGAAAUAUAGUGUUGCAUUGGGUAGCGUUCAAAGCCCGCUAUAUAUGAACAAUACACACUGUAUAUAUAAAGCACAGCGAUCAGUUACGCACAUUGCCAAUAUAUUACACAGGCCAAUAAUCUUAAUGAUACAAAGGCAAUUGAAAGCGAAGGGUUUAUUCAGAUUUUUACAGGGCCGAUCAGUAUUAUAUAUAAGAAGGGGGGUUGGAGGGUUUGUAAGAUUCUGUUAUUCUUGUGCAAGGUUACCGGUCGCUUUCGUUGUGAAUUGCAAGAGAGUCAUAAAGAUGCGGCGGUCAUCCACAAGGAAAUCCAACGGAGCAAAUUCAAAUUCGAGCACUCAUCAUGCUGCCAGCACGGCUGCUCUCACUUCUUCAGCGGCCAACAAAGCAGCUGCUAAGGAGUUGGAGAGAAUAGAUGCACUGUUUCAACGAUAUGCAGACCAGGACUCACUGGGUAUGAUAGGCCCUGAGCAAAUAGAGGAUUUGUGCAUGGAUCUUGGAGUAGAGAUAAUGGAUGUUAAAGUUCUAAUGCUUGCAUGGAAGAUGCGAGCUGCAAGGCAGGGAUAUUUCACAUUGGAGGAGUGGCGCAAAGGCCUUAAAGCAUUAAAAGUCGAUACAAUUGAUAAAUUGAAGAAGGCACUUCCUUCUUUAGAGCAAGAGGUUAUGAGGCCCAAUAGCUUCUUGGAUUUCUAUACUUACUCAUUUCGAUACUGUCUGACAGAGGAGAGGCAAAAAAGUCUAGACAUGGAAAGUGUGUGCCAAUUGCUGGAGUUGGUACUAGGCAAACGUAAUCAUGCUCAGGUUGCAUCUUUGGUGGAAUUUCUAAAGAAUCAAAAGGAGUACAAAGCCAUAAAUCUUGAUCAGUGGCUAUCCUUCCUACGUUUUUGUGACGAGGUCAAGUAUCCAAGCUUUGAUGAUUAUGAUUCAACCUUGGCUUGGCCAUUGAUUUUGGACCAAUAUGUUGAAUGGGAACAAGAGAGGCGGAGUUGAGACAGCAUCCUUUUUAUUGAUAAUGAGAUGCAUCUCUGGCUAUUAUUUAUGAAAUUUUAAUUGUAAAGGUCUACAAUAGAUGAAAUAAAAUCUCUUAAAAUUUGUCAAUGGAUGUUUGUGAUUUUUUCAUCUGUUUUUCAGUUUCCAGCUAUUUUUCCUUUCUUCUCCACAUGGAGAACAACAAUUUUGGAAUGAACAGUGUAGCAAAUAUUGAAUUCAAAUGAAGGAUAAAUACUACAUUUAAGGUAACUCGUUUUAGUCUGAUACGAGUGUAUAGAAAUCUGCAAGGAAUUAUUGUACAAAAGUGAUCUAAAUCCAAUUAAUUUUCCCUUGUUUGUUCUGAUCUAAA